GACGGUCGCGCCAACACAACAACCUGUGGCAAGCCGUAGGUUGUGGAACUACAAGUCCCAACAUGCUACUUCAACAGCUGUAUGGUUACCAAUCAUCCAAGCCUGGAGCUGGGAGGGCAUGCUGAUAUUUAUAGUUCUCCAACAGCUGGCUAACCACCAGGUUGCCUACUUAUGUCCUGGCACCUGGGGCAGCAGAUGAGCUCAGUGCCCCCCAGGAGGAGCCAUCGUCUGCAAUCGAGGUAGCGUCUCAGGCAACCCUGCCAGCACAGGUGGAAACGGAGCAUCUCAUCUGAAGACCUAUAUCUCCCUGCAAAAUGUCUGAUCUCUCCAACCCUUACAGCUAUGAUGACAGAAUUGACAGAUUAUUUGAAGGAGCUUCAUCUCCUAGCAGAUCCCAUUCAAAGUUUGGAGAGUCUCACAAGUCUUUUCAUGAGAGUCACGAAAAAGUUUCAUAUCACAAAAAUACAGAUGGUUCCCCAAAAAACAGAAGACGCUACUAUGACCUGCCUGACAGUCGGGGAGAAGCUAAGAUUUCUUACAACUCUGGGUCAAGGGACCAGUUACUGAACUACAAAACCGCUGCUGAGUCUGCGCAAAGUGAACACGCUGCGCUGCUGGUGAAGAACACCGGCUUACUGUCUGAGGUCUCUGAUCUGAAGAACCGCCUGGCUGCUAAAGACGUCUUUCUGCAGGAAAUGAAGGAGGAACUGGAAAGCUACAAAGAACGGAGCGCUCGCCAGGCUUCCCACAUCCAGUCCCUCAAAGAUCGCAUCAAAGAAUUUGAAUAUGUGACUACUGAAAAAUCAGAAAUAAAUGCUGAGAAAUAUUCUCUCAAGAGAGAAAACAAAGAACUAAAUGACAGGAUAAAGGAACUGGAGAACCGAGUAAGGAUACACCUGAUCGAAAGAGAAAAGGCCGAACAAAAAUGCAGUAACAUGGGGAAAAGACUUCAGGAAAGUGUUGAGAGGUUGUCCUUCUGUUUAAAUACAAAUGUCGAAGACAAAGAGGAUUCCCUGAAUGUUUUGGUAACAAAGGUUGAGAAGUUAAUAAAAGAAUACAGUCUGCAGAAAUCUAGAAUAACAAGUCUGGAAGAUGCCUUGGCCAGCCAUCAAGUGGAGUUUAAAGCCAGUCGGGACACUAUAGUGAAACUGGUGUCGGAGGCAGAAAAACAUAAAAAAGCUAUAACUGAUUUUCCUGUGGAAUUGAUAUCCCUGAAAAGGGAGAGAGAUGAAGCUUUUCAAGCCAAAAAGAGUGUUGAGAGAGAAAAGGAAAUUCUGCAAGAGAAACUGAAGGACAACCACAUAGAAUGGGGCAAUCUCCGUCAGGAGCUAAUGGAAAAGGAUAGGAAAAUAAAUGAGAUGGACAGGACUCUGCGUACCUCCGAUUAUGAGGCUAAAGCCUCUCACAGCUUGCACCACAGCUUCAUAAGCCAGCUGGCAACAAUGCUCAGCAAUGGAUUUACAGCCGUACCUGGAAAGGAGGAAGCAGUGAAGCAGAAGAUCCAAGAACUCACCAGUAGUGAGCAUACUUGGAAAACUACAUGCGAGGAGCUUCAGCAGAAAGUUCUCAAACUCAGCAAACAGCUGGAGCAGCAGCGAGAACUCUACCACGAGGCAAUGUCCAAGUCUUACACGGCAGAAGAAUUACUGCAGGAACACGAGGGCUCUUUAAAACAUUUGAAGGGCAAGCUGGCAUCAGAGGAGAUGAUCAAAGACAGUUUCAACAUAGAAAGAAAAAAGUUCAAGAAAUUCUUACUGCAGUUGGCUGAGAAGUUGAAGAUAAACCAAGACAUGUCAUCUGAGAGCCUCGUAUCGCAGUACGACAUGUUACUGAACAGGGCAGAGGACAUUUGUAAGAGGGAUAAAGAAUUUUUGAGCGACAACAAACCUCUUAUCUAUAACCUACAGAAAAAGGUGAAUUCUCUGAAGGAAAAACUAGAGUUAAAAUCUUCACAAAUGGAACAACUACAGAAGAAAAUCAAACAGCUCGAAAGAGAAAACGAGCACCAAGCCUUCUUGAGUGCUGAAAAUGCAGAGACUAUGACAGCCCAAAAAUUGCAGAAGAAGGUCGAGAGACUCCAAGGACAGCUCAGUGACAUGAAAAUUGCUAAUCAAAACUUAACGGCUCAGCUUGUCGAUCUGAAUGCUCUAAAGGAGAAAAUCAACCAGCAGAAGAAAACCAUAGAACUGCUAAGCAAAUCUUUAGAAAACUUAGAAAAAAUUAAGGAGAAAGCCGCUAAGAAGGUGGUAAGCCUGAAAACAGAGCUGGACUACACUGAACAUGAGACUGUGGGAGAGAAAUUGAGGAGUCAGCAGAUGGUAGAGGCAGUCACUAAUGAGCUACGCACAACCAAAAGGGCUCUUGAAGAAGUGGCAAGGAGAGAAAAACAGCUUGUUGACUUCAGAGAAACCAUUACAAGAAUGAUGGGAUAUAACCUUAACACAUUGGCUGUCCCAGAUCAUGAGAUCUUCGAUCAACUCAAGCGUGUUUUACGGACACAGGGAUCCAUUGAUGUCAGCAGGACUGAUAGAACAAAGUUACCCUAUGGCUUCAGGACGGGGGAUGGCGAGAUGGAAUACACAGUGCAGCACAUGAACCCCAGAUUUCAGUAAUAGAUCAAGUUUAACUCCACUGGCGGUUGACAUCAAACCCUUGUUGCAAGAUUUUAAAUAGAAUAUUGAAAAUUGCACAGUAGUAAACGCUAAAAUAAGAUAUCUGAUACUGUAAACAUAAA